UUUUUUUUUUCUCGCUCUCGGAAUUUUUCUGUGGAUGCGCUGCCGUUGCAAUCCAUUGCGCUCCUACACUCCCGACAUAUACACGGGUUCUAUUCAAUGUUCAAUCCCGUCGUCAUGUAACUACAUCCUUCUAGUCAAUAGUGCUAGCAUCUAGGGAUUUUUCAUAAUGUCGUUCUCGAACCGGCUUAAUACCUUUCUGACGAUGCCGCCCUCCCUGCGACUUGCGAUGAUCGGUGCACCUGCACGAGUGCGACCAAGGCAAUUGAGCCUACCCUUAAAGGUCUAUAGAUCAACUGCUGCUUGGAAUCAUGCUGAAGCCGCGGCUUUCUGCAUCCCUGAGCUCCGACAGGGUUCUAUCGCCAGUGUGUCGUUCGACACACUUUGUGAAGCGUCCCGCAUACGAUCAGCUCCCGAUGAGCCUCUCCUCUCCGGAUUAAGUACGCUUUUCACCAAGAACCCUGCUACGUUCCAAUAUGGAGAGACAGAUUUCUAUAAGCUGAAGAAGAAUACCCUCUUACCCGAAGUCUGUGUCCUCGGCCGAUCCAAUGUCGGCAAGUCGUCUUUCGUCAAUGCCCUUGCUGGCCGAAAUCAACGAAGCCAAAAUCCGCUGGCACGCAUUAGCAAACACGCUGGGAAAACUAGGGAGAUGAAUACGUAUGGAUUUGGGCCCGCACCACUACCCAAAGAUAUUCUCGCUUGGUCUGCCGAAGUUAAAGGCCAAGAAGAUAUGCCGACCCGCACCUUUUACCUUGUUGAUAUGCCCGGAUACGGACACGCAUCUCUGGAAGGUUGGGGGCGUAAUAUCACGCUAUACUUGACCAAGAGGGUAGGCGUGAAAGGAGCGAUCAUACUUAUUGAUGCCGAAGUAGGGCCCAAGGAGACAGAUUUACAGUGCUUGCGAUUACUGAGCUCCGCAAACAUGAGAACUUGCAUUGUUCUCACUAAAGCAGACAAGGUCAAAGGUGGCCUAUCCGCUCUUCAUGAUUUGUGUGCCGAGCUACGCGACCAUAUAGUCCAAAUCGAAAAAUCGCAGCAGAAUUAUGAUUGGAAUCUGGAGAGAGAAGUAUUUGUUACUGCUCUCGGGGCAAAAGACCCUACCAUCGUACAAGCAACAGUAUCACCUGCGAGAUUAGCUGUAGCACGCCUAGCGGGCUUGGUAGAAAAUAACCGACCAGAACCAGAGAAAAAUAAGAAAUGGUCCGGAAAGAUUAUCUCGUUUGAAGACCUACAGUAUGCGCCAAAGGAUACCACAGCCAAGCAGGUCUAUCAUCCUGCUCCCACUCCAUCAGAAUGGGCUACGCAGAAGGGGUAUGAGGCUCACCAUGGGAUUAGACUAGGCGUCUUCGACCCUUUGCAUUCCAGGAUGGUCACCCAACCCCAGGUUCGGAAUUUCCAUAGCGAUAGCCGACGUAUGAAAGGCCACGGACAAUCAAGUAAAAAAUCUCGUUUCUAUGAACAGGAGAUGAAUGACGUCCUAGACGACUUUAUAAAUGAGAUGAAAGCUACGACCACAACCAGCCACUACGUCCGAAACAUGCGGCGGAAGAAUAAUAGACGCCUACCCCAACCUCCUGAAAAGCGGAACCUCCUAGAUAGGAAGGAAAACAAAAUAGAAAAGGCUCUGAGGAAGCGCUUUCCCGACGAUGUUGCUAGGACACUUGCAGUACGCGAGGAGAGGACAUCGGGGCGGAGACAAGAGCAGGGAAGAAAGAAAAGGCAGACCGAGGAGGAGGAGGAAGAAUGGCCCAGCACAUCUCCUGUACGGAAGCGCGACGAUAGCAACCUUCUGACCCCGGACGCAUUCAAAGCUCUCGUGACGGGACCGGAGCCAACUAAAACAGGGAACCAAAAUAACAAAAAGAACCCUGGCAAGAAAAAUUCAAAAGGAAAUAAAAAGGAAGAGCCGGUGGAUGAGUUUGAAGCUAAGUUCGCGAGGGCAUUUUCAAAAAUCCAAUAGGCAGGUGUGGCAUAGUGGUGCUUAUGUAUAAACAAAAGCAAAAAAGCAAAAUCAGGACUAGGUUUGGACUCGAGCAUAGAGACAUGCGGGCAAUCUAGCUACGAGGUCAGCAAUGUUAUCACACAUG